AUGAGAGCCACAACUUAUCUUUUUCUGUUUACUACUGGAGUAUUUCCCACUGUUUAUCUUUACAGGAAGAUCAACGAACACCUUGCCACCGUCGAUCUCGAACGCAAGAAUGGAUGCAUCAAGCCCAGAAAAUAUCCGCACAGGGAGCCCAUUCUCGGACUCGACUUGUUUUUCAAGAUGGGUAAAGCCAUGAAAACAGUCAUCAACACUUGUGAACCAAGAAAUAUCCAAACAGUUUUAGCCUUUUCCUUUGAGAAUUUUGGCAAAGUCAAGGUCAAGCCAGAGAAAGGAGGAGGUUCUUUUGAGGCACAGGGAAUCUUCACAGCGGAUGGUCCUAUAUGGCAACGCUCUCGUGCUCUCAUCAGACCCACAUUUGCGAGGACUGAGAUAUCAAACUUUGCCACGUUAGAGAAGCAUGUUGGUCGGUUUUUGGAUCUUAUUCCACGAGACGGCUCUACAAUAGAUUUGCAUCCACUUACGAAAAAUUUGUUUCUUGAUAUCUCAACCGAGUUCCUUUUUGGCGAAUCGGUAGAAUCUCAGUGCUCAAACACUCCUUUUGAUUCUCGAGAAUUUCUAAAUGCUUUUGACAUGACAAUGCGUGGCCUCGGUGCGCGAAUGAUGCUUGGCAAGCUGAAAUUCAUUUGCGGUCGAGAUAUUGCGUGGAAAAGGGCCUUCAAGAAAGUACAUGCCUAUAUUGACAAAUACGUCACUAGAGUCCUGGAGAGUCAGAAGAGUGCAGAAAAUAUUGAAACAGAAGACAAGAGCUCCGCACAAAAACGAUAUGUGCUCUUGAACGAAAUGGCAAAGGAAACUCAGGAUCCGGUAGACUUGCGUUAUCAGCUUUUCCAUGUGUUUAUUCCGGCCCAUGAUGCUACAGGAAUUGCUGUUAGUGAUAUACUUUUUCACUUAGCUCGCGAUCCAGACAGAUGUAAUAAACUUCGAACGGAAGUUCUGGCUGCGACGACUGCCCAGCAGACUCUGAGCUUUGAGCUUCUCAAGUCAAUGAAGUAUUUACGAUACGUCUUCAACGAAAGUCUUCGCCUUCAUCCAACGGCAGGCUUUCUGCGACGAGUAUGUCAUAAGAAUACCAUUCUACCACUUGGUGGCGGUCCUGAUGGUCAGGCACCCUUUCUAGUCCGGAAGGGUAGUAGUAUCACUUGUGAUAUUCAUACUUUACACCGAGACAAGACCUACUGGGGUGUCGACGCAGAUGAUUUUCGUCCAGAAAGAUGGGAGAAGUUACUACCGACAUGGGAGUACCUUCCAUUCUCUGGAGGUCCUCGCAUUUGCCCUGCUCAGCAAAUGGUUUUUACAGAUUCUGCCUACAUUGUAGUGAGAGUGAUACAAAAUUUCUCGAAAAUAGAGAACCAAGACCCUAUGCCUUGGAUGGAACGUUUCAGAAUGACGGUCGAGAACAAGAAUGGGGUAAAGGUCAAGGUGGCUGUAAAUAGAAUGGAGAUCUAG